CUGUCAAAUAUGACAAUGUUUAUAAAACCGUAGCUGAAAGUGUGUUUUUAAGUGCUUAUUGAUAAGAAGUGCAAAAAAAUUUAAACAUUUGUGAUAUUUACUUAUAAUGUAUUUAUAAAUCAUAAAGGGAACCGUAAAAAAUCGCAAGAUAAAGUAAAACGGUUUAACAGCAGUUUUUAGUAUUUUGGGAGCAAUGUCUGAGGAAGGCAUUGAGUGGUUACACGAAGUAUUACAAGAUGUACAAUUACUCCAAUUUUUGGCACCAAUUAGAGACGACUUACAAAUUACUCGGUUGGAGCAUUUCGAUUACGUUAAAAGUGAGGAUCUUGAAAAAAUUGGAAUUAGUAAACCAGGUAUACGUAGAUUAUUAGACGCCGUUAAAAAACGUAAAUCGAAACAAUGGAAAAAAGACAUAUUAAAAAAGGUGAUUCCAGUUGGCGCGAAGCAAACGGCUAACAAGAAAAGCGCUGACGAUAAUUUAGUACCUGCCUUGACUUGCCUAAUUCCGGAACGCGACAUCACUUUAUCUAUUAAGUUGGGAGAUGGUUCGUUUGGAGUCGUUAAAAGAGGUGAAUGGCAUAGCCCAAAUGGACGAAUGCUUCCUGUAGCUGUAAAAAUAUUAAAAGCAGACACGUUAAGUCAACCAGGAAUAUUAGAAGAUUUUAUAAGAGAAGUUCAAGCAAUGCAUAGUUUAACUCAUGUUAAUUUAAUUAGAUUAUAUGGCGUAGUUUUAACUCAACCAAUGAUGAUGGUUACAGAACUAGCUCCUCUAGGAGCUUUAUUAGAUUACUUACGUAAACAAUGCCAACAAACACCUGUUCCUAUGCUGUGCGAGUACGCCACUCAGGUGGCUGUGGGGAUGGCUUAUUUGGAGAGCAAGCGAUUUUUACAUCGAGAUCUUGCGUGUAGAAAUGUUUUAUUAGCCGCUAUAGAUAAGGUUAAAAUAGGCGAUUUUGGUUUAAUGCGAGCAUUACCUCAAGAAGAAGACUGCUACGUUAUGACAGAACACAAAAAAGUGCCUUUUCCAUGGUGCGCCCCUGAAUCGUUACGUUCGCGACAGUUUAGUCAUGCUUCCGACGCCUGGAUGUUUGGCGUUACAGCUUGGGAGAUGUUUACGUUCGGCGAAGAUCCUUGGAUGGGAUUGGGGGGGUCAGAAAUUUUAAGAAAAAUUGAUAAGGAAGGGCAACGAUUGCAUCAUCCAGACGCGUGUCCUACGGUUAUUUAUAAAAUGUUGUUGAAAUGCUGGGCUAGGAAUCCCCAGGAUCGACCGUCUUUCGCAAAUUUAAAGGAGUUUUUCCGGAAAAUGGCUCCUCCAGUGAUGAAAGCUUUAGCAAGGCAAGAUGAAAGUGAUCCGGAAAAAUUAAAAAUUGAAGAGGGCGAUGAAAUAGCUAUUAUUGAUGGCGAUGCUGAGUUGUAUUGGUGGAAAGGACAGCACCAAAGAAGUUAUGAUAUUGGUGUUUUUCCUAGGUGUAUUGUGGAUCCUUUAAGGCCAAAAAUUCCAGAAGAUAUUUCUAAACCCCUUAAAAACUCGUUUAUUCAUACUGGACAUGGUACAGCUUUUGGAGAAUCAUGGGGAAGUCCUAGUUAUAUAGACGAAAUGUAUUUGAAUAAUCCAAUGGAGCCCCCUGAUUUAAUGGGACUUCCCAGGGAGUCGGUUAUAUUACAACAUGAUAAGAAAAGGCUACAUAAAAAUCAAAGUACUAGUUUAAGUGUUCGCGCUUCUCAAAGAAGUCAAUUUAACUACCACAAAUUAAAAAAUGAAAAUUUAGUCAAAGUAAAACCAGCGAGACCACCACAACCCAAUAAUAUUCAACCAAACAAAGAAAAUGCUCUAAUUGAUUUUUCUCCUGAAGAACAACAAAUAACCAUAAAAAGCGCACCAUCUACAAUCGAUACUCGAAUAGUUUCUUUAUUAGACGAACCAAUUGACGUUCCACAAGAUUUAGACUGGAUUAAUACAACUCCUCAAAGAGUACCACCUCCUUACGCCGCUCCUCCUGAAUACGGUAAUUUAAGCAUACCGGGACAAACAGAAUCAGAAUUAAAUGACCCAUUUGAUACAUCAAAACCGUAUGCUACCACACAAAAAAUUUACUCCUCACAUUUAUCGCCAACAAAGUCUAAUUUAAGUGGUGCGCAAAUUGGUUCGGUUCAAAGUUUUCAUUCGAACGAAUCGUUGUGUGAAUCAUCUCGAAAUUAUACCAACACACCCUUGGAUAGUAAUUUUAUUGCGGAAUUAGAAAAGACAUUGAAUAUAAGCGUCGAUAAAGAUUUACCUGUGAUAGAACCGCCGCCUCAAUUGAAUGGGAAAAAUAGGAAAAGUACAAUUAGUCCGACUUAUUAUAAUAAUUUGUACACGAACGGUGGUUCGAAUUUGAAAAAUACUAACCAAAACAGAACGUUGUACGAAUCCACAAAUACCACUUUCGUAAAUAAUCUACAAAUUAAAAAUUCAUUACAAAGUAGCGCCUUUACUCAAACGAGUGCUUUGCCCGAAUUGAACGGAUCCGUUAAUUAUUCAAAUAGCGUUAACGACAUUGAUGUUAAAUCUAAUUUAAAUUACUCGCAAAAUUCACCACAUAAUAAUCAUUAUAGUACUACUACGUAUGGAAAUGUACCAAAUAAAUAUUCAACAUACCAACCGACUUAUAAUAACGACGCAUUAGGUUAUUAUCAACAAAGCAGUGUACCACAAACGUAUUAUAGUACUAUUGGUAACAAUAGUAGGGAAUACAGCGAAGUUGCUGGGAGUGUUUACUCAGAAAUUCCAGAACAUGUCUACAGUACGGUACCUAAUGAUGUAUUGAAACCACAUCGCCCAGCUCCUCCAUCACCUUUAGUACUUGGACAACCUCAAAGUAUGCAACAAAUUCAAAGAAAACUACAAUUAAGUGCUGAUGCUGAAAGAUUAAUGACUCCAGAAUACCGCACAAAUAAAAUUAGCCAAGUAAAAGAUUCCGUUCCAGAUGUUGAUUCCGAAUUAUGUCUAACCACUUUACAAAAUUUAGGAUGGGAUGUAGGCGCAGCCAUUCGAUCAUUAAAAGUAGAUAAGUUAGUGAAGUUGGGUCUUGCAACUAAAGAACAAUGUGAAAGAGCGCUACAACGUUCAAAUUGGAACGUCGAAUUGGCCGCGUCAAUGAUAAUAGAUACAUGAACCCGUUUUGGUUUUAUUAAUUGUAUGUGAUUGAACAAACAAAACGUAAUAUUAAAUAGAAGAAUCUAAAAAUAUUCUAUUACUAUAAGAAUACUCAAUUUUAAAAUAUUAAUUUCAUAAUUACAUUCAUUAUAACAUUACCAAUUCAGUCUUAGUAUUUAUUAAAAUAAUUUUCAAUCAUUUACAUUUAUUUCGAAACGACUUUUUAGUCUCCAUUAUCGCGCGGUUUUAUUUACUAUUUUUGGAAAGUCUAAAAUGCUGUUUGAAAAUGCUAGUCGAUUUCAUUCGUUUUGAUUUUCUCUUAAAUUUGGGUUGAAUCUUUUCUUUUUAAGCGAAAAUUUUAAUUUUUUCUUUUUUUUUUUUUGUACAUUUUUUUUUCAAGUUUUGUUGAAUCGAGGAAUAUUUAUGUUUUUGAAAAGUGCCAAAGAAAAUGUGUACCUUCCUUGGCAGAAAGCAAUGAUAUGCGUAAAAAAGUGGACUGAUCUCAUUACGUUUCACAUUUUAUUUUCUGUUACAUAUAUGCAAAAAGUGUAUGUAUAUAAUGUCAUCAGUAGUAGUUAAUAAAAAUAUUUUUGUAA